UCGAUAAAGACGGCUGGACAACCAGAGGGAGGAGGAGCGUCGCAAGGCAAAGCAAAAAAAGGUUUUUAUUCAUCCGCGAUAGCGCGGAUUUCCACGACAAUACCCGAGCUUGAGAACGUUUACGUUUGUAUGGAGUUGACUCUGCUGGUGGAGAGGAAAACGUUUAUAGUGGAUACAACAGAAAGAACCAAACGAUCGACAAGGAUGGAAGUAGUGGUGGCAGUGGUGCUGGCAGAGUAAGUUAAGUACGAACUAUUAUAUAUGCAGAGCCAGAGAACAGAGGAGACCAGACCGUAGACCGGAGAGACAACAGAGAACUGAGCAAGAGCAAGAGAGUGUGGAUUGGAGUUCGGAGUAGAGUAGUGAGCUCAGAGUACAGUAGACUGGUUGUGCUAGUGCCUGUCCUGUGUCUGCCUGUCAAACGUCAUAAGGUGUUAGGUGUCAGUUGGCUGGUGGGCCUUCUUGUACUAGGUCUUGGUGUCUUGGUGGUGGUAUACAUCACCUGUAGUAUAUUUACAAUAUAAUACGUUAACGCAAACAACUUGGGCCAGUUUAUACCCUGGCUCGUCACAGUGAGGACGUACUCAGUGCCAACACGGUUUGUUUUUCUUCAUUGUAUUUUUUAAAAAUUAUAAUAUUACAAUUUGUGUUGAUACUGAUAACGAAUAUCUGCGUUCCAGAUGUCAUGUGUUAUUUUAUUUAAAUUUUAAAUUCAAAUUUAAAAUACUUAACUCUUAACCAAGAUGACUAAGCAGCUGGAGAUGGUGCUGGUGGUUAUCCUGGAGGAGGUGCGCUCAUAUAUUUUUUUCUAGUCCUGCAAAUGUUUUAAUUACCGGGUACGUUGUUUUUUUUUUAUUGUGACGUGUGAUGGAUUAACAAAGUGGUUUUUUUUGUUAGCUCCAAAUAAUUUGCGCGCUAGAGUUAAAUUUAAAUUUAAAAUAAAAAUUAUAAGUAUAGUUAAUAAUCAGCAGGUAAAAAUGAAGGAAUUAGAGCAAGUACAUGACGUGCCGAUGGGCACACGAACGCUUAAGUCAUUAUUAAAGAAACCUGGUCACAGUAAACAACGUACGCAUAAAAAUCGCGUUACGAUAAAUGAAAAACUAAAUGAAUUUUUUGCUGCUGAUUAUAUAAUAUUAAUAAAAGAAGAGUGCUGUGGUGAUUAUGAGGAAGAAUGCGACUGUUGUUGUCAGGAGCCGGAGAUGAUAAGACUUGGAAAUUGCAAAGAGUGUCGCGCUGAGUUGACGAGACAAUUGGCUGCUGGGGAUAUUGACACGCGUUUUAAUCCCGAGCGAAAUGGCAAUAAAAUAAUUGAUACAAGUUGUGAUGUAUCGCGACGUGUAGGUGCUGGUGUUGGUGGAAUUGGUGGCUGUAUAAGUGUCGGUGGUGUUGGUAUGGGCAUGGGAAUGGGAAUGGGGAUGGGAAUGGGGAUGGGGAUGGGAAUCGGUGGUGGCGGGAGCGAAGAGUCUCAGGAAGAUGAGGACGAGGAGGACGAGGACGAAGAGGAAGAGUACGAAGAAGAAGUCGAUGAUGAUGAUGAUAAUGACGAAGCCGAGUCUUCUGAGGAAACUGAGCAUCAUCGCGACCACUGUUCCGCUGGUGGUGGUAGUCCAGGUGAGCCCAUGACUCCCGGGCAAUUACAGUCACAGACACAGACCCACGAGACUCUGAGUCCUCCGGAAGGUUACAAGGACGUUUGCGAGGAAGACAUGCAAACUGAGGCUACAAAAGACAUGUGUCCUGCUUCCACUGGAGCGGUUGUAGUUUGCGGCGAGUGUAAUUACUAUCGUCAGAGAACCUCAGAGCAAGAUGUCGAGGACGGGAACAAAAACAUCCACGAGAUCGAGGAGAAUGCCCAGAAGACACCGGAGCAGUCCCAGCAAACGUCAGACACCCAUCAACGCUACCUCGUGGAGACGAUAACAAUGACAACGGUAACGGAACGUCGCAUUGUCCGUGAGAUCAGCGAUAACAAAAGCAACAGCAAUAUAAUAAAUAGCAGCUCGGAGCUGGUGGAUCAAACAGACAAACCAGUUGAUAAUUCCAACACUAACGAGGUAACAAACGGCUCGCCGGAUAAUAAUGUGACCAGUGAGCAGAUCAACGAGGAAGAUAAGACAAAAGUAUCAAAGCCACCAGCACCAGCGCCAACACCAACACCAACAUCAACAGCAACAGCACCCACUACAUCAUCAAUUACCGAAGGAGACAGAGAUACACCCGCUAGUGCAACAAUAGGAUCAGCGGAGCAAAAUAAUGAUUUAAUGGGCUUCAAAUUGGGCAAUUCGUCAUUAGUAACAAAUAGUUUAAAACCAAAUUCAGCAGUAAGACAGUUAUUUCCAAAUCCAAAGUUUAUAUCUCCACCACCGGCACUUACCAAAGGUAUUUCGUUGUCAAACGACGAGGCAACUGAUAGCGACGGUUCUGAAGCUCAAAGGUAUCUCGUAACAACUGAGAGUCUACGGCUUUUUGACUCUGUAAAGAGAGCCAAAAUGGCUGGGUCACGUAGCGACUCAUCGGAGAGCGAUUCGUCGACUAUAAAACGAACGAUAGAACGUAACGCUUUGAGGAGAUCCCUCGUUUGUAAAUACGACACGCUGACGAGAAAAAAAAAUCUUAUGAGAAAGGACGUCAGUUUGGAGGAGAGAAUACGGCAGUUGACAUGCGUUGAUCCUGAAGAGGACACUACUUGCGACAGUACGUCUGAUUCUACGAGCAAUGCCGGAGAUAAUCAUUUGAAUUUGUCGCAAGAUCUCCAGGACUUGCCAGCGAGGACAUCACCCUCGGGGGAAGAGCGUCCGCUUAAAAAUGAACGCAUUGUGCACGCUGAUUGCCCAGAGCAUUCGCCGUCACCCCCGCUCCAUCAUCAUCAUCACCAUCACCACUAUCAUCACCAUCAUCACAACAACAACUCGUCGACGUAUAAAAAAAUAACGGAUCUGUUUGGUCAGAAAAAAAUAGACAAUAUGCCUGAUUUGGGCCUGGGUGAUCGCUCGAGUCCUAAAACGUCGAUGUCUAAAUUAAAUAACGACCGUAAACAAUUUCUUUCGAGUCUCGCGCCACUUUCCUGUGUCGCCUCGACGGGCAUUGACGGUAAUGAUUAUUAUCAGGUGUCUUCAAAAAUAAAUCGGGACUCAAUGGGCGGGUAUACGUCGGACUCGUCGUACAGUUUGGAAGACAUUGAAGCGGCAUUGAGAGGUGACGAAAGAAAUGGAAAGAAUGCCGGGCCGCCGGAUGUUACUCGAGGAACUCCAACGGGCAUUGGUCCAGGUGACGCUUCUGACGCAACGACUGACGAAUUGCUGGCAUUCGUUGAGCAAGACAAGACCAGGACUGAGAGACUCAAGAGACGUUAUGACACCGACGAGCAUCAUAACCAGCAUCACAAAGAUGCUGCGGUAAAUAGUAUCGAUAAAAAUGGCAGCCAAUCGGUUGAUGACGAAGACGAUGAGUUAAAUGACUAUGGAUUUAACCGACGUCCAGCAGUUCGCGGUAUCAAACCUCAAUUUGAGUCAACCAGUGAAAUUGUACGUCAACUACGUUACCGUACUAUUCCAGCUUCGAUUGUCGAUAAGACUCGUCAAGCUCCCUGGCCUUAUUAUGACACCGAUAAUCAUCAUCAUCAACUGGAGAAACGGGUUACAUUUACAACAUCAACGGCCGCUGCUGCUGCCGCAGUGGGAGUCGGAGUUGGAGUCGGAGUAGGGGUUGGAGUUGGAGUUGAACCGGAUGACAUCAAUAGCAUAACGUCAUCACGUGACAGUACGAUAAACCGUAUCAACACAAUGCAACGUCAGAUUGACGACAUUUAUCAGACAAUAGCUGAAAGUGCAUUGAGUAUACAGGGAACCCUUGAACGCGGGUCGUAUCUCGAAAGCACACUGCCACGUGGGGUGUCAUCGCGGUUACCGGCAGUCCCACCACCGCCAUUGCCACCCUCGGUGGCCGAUUGCCACCGUUACGACCCAAAGACAGGGGGACCUGCACACUUUCAAGAUAAUCCCCGCAUGCAUAUGUACAACAGUUUGCCUAAACAGCCGCGUCGUACUGCCGUAGCCAUAUCAAACUACCCAUGCGGAGUGGUUCCCAUUGAAAGCAGCACCAAGUGCUAUCGCACAAUGUACUUGGUGCCAUACAACGGCAUCACUGACCCAACUUACCAAAACAUCCAGCGAAUUCUACCUCCACACUCAUCAUCGGCUAAUUACGCUGAUCAUCUUGAAAGAUAUCCGUACCCGAGGAAUGUUGAACCGGAUGCAAGUCAAGUGCCUCGCAAUUACUACCCACGAGCACCUGGUCCUGGUUCUGGAGCCGGACCUGGACCUGGGCCUGGAACUGGAGCAAUAACUGGCCACGCAACACCAGCAAUAGUGCCACCACCACCACUACACCUGCGUCUCCAACCCGAAGACAUGGGCUUUAACACAGGUGGUGUAGGAAUGCAGACAAUCCUCCAGCACCAGCACAUCUCGCAGCUGGCGACCUACAACGUCCAAUCAGUUCCAGCUUAUACGGUGAUGGCACCGUCCAGGACUCCGGGAUAUCCCUAUCCUGUCCAUCCACGUGGCAGCGUUGAGAUUCAGACGCAGACGGGUUCUCUACCUCCGACGAUGACGACAAACAGCACAGUAGCGACCGGAAUAAACGGAUCCAACCAUCAUCUAGCCUGCACUUCUUCCUCAUCUUCAACUUCAUCAGCGCUUUCAUCUCCCACAAAGACUCCCGCCAUCACCAGCAUGUGCUCGACAGCAGAACGAGGAGUUCCCGAAGGCGCUGCUAGUGCGCCCGCCCAGGAUUUUGUGUCGCAACCAAACAAUGUUUCGUACGGACACAACGUGCCGCCACCUAAUACACAAAACUCAGUCUACUACGCCAUGAACGUCUGAACCUAGACUCCUGGAGCUUCCUCUUCUUUAUUUAAAUUAUUAUUAUUAUUUAAAUACAACAAAACUCUCAUGCAAUCAACUUUCUAUUCUUCCUCACUCUCUCUCUCUCUCUUUUUGUUUCUUCUCAGCCUCUUUAUUUAUUUCAACAAAACUGCGUCUGUCUCUCCUGGAUAUUUUUAUUUAACUCUCGGCAGCAAUUUGCUAAAAUUAUAUUUUUUAUCAUUCAUCGGGGCUUUAAUGUGGGAAAGCGGGUUUAUCUUCGGCAUACAGAACUAGCUUCUAUGUGUGCUACCACCUCUACUACCACCAUCUCCAUCGCUAUUCUGUACUCCAGAAUGCAAUUAUGAACCGCGAAUCGAUGCGACCACAAAUAUUUAUAAAAUUAAUAACUCGCCGCCGGGAUUUAU